AUUACCAAGCAGGCUUCAGCCCUCUUCCUCUCGAUGGUCGAUAUGCAUGCAGCCUGAAUUGAAGCCUGGCAAGGACAGCUCGUUCGAGCAAGAGUCGACGGUGUGGUGUAUAAAAGCUGUGGCUCGCCUCCCUAAUCUCGUCCUUCACUCCCAUCAAUUCUCACGUCAACAAUACCACUACACCCAAACUUGACUCUUCCCCCAUCACAUCUUUCACGAUGAAGCUCUCUAUCCCCCUUGUUGUCGUGGCUUCAGCCACCAGCGCCAUGGCUGGCUGCUAUACCAGCGGCAAGCCCUACCUCAACGACUGCAACAAGGAUUCUUUCAAAGGUGCUGUUGAUGACCUGUGUGACAAAGCGGUACUCUCGGGGUGGUUCAACGCGCCUCGUACUAGGAAGACUGCUUGCGCCAAUGCUAGGUGCAAUGGCAUCAAGGUCAAUUUGGAGGUGGAAUGGAGGGGGCCAAGCGGAGGCGCCACCUUGGCCGUAUCCGACUGCAAGUGGCGACUGAAGAACGAAAUCGAUGGCUGCGACAAAGGUGGCGAGUCUGUCGUUGCUGACUGGUUUUUCAAGUCUGACCCUAACGACGGUUCCUGCUGAUCGGACGAACCCGGCUGGUUCGACAGCUUGAUAGAAGUUAUGAUGGGCAUAGUGUGGAUGGCGGGCAAGCGGAGAGCGAUAUACCAAAGAUACAGCGCACCGAUUAUUGAAGCAAAUGAUUAAUGGAUUACGAUAUUUGCGAGCUUGACCUCUUUGCUCUUCUCGUUUUCUCUUCGAUCGUUGAGGUUGUAAUUGUCGUCUGCCAGAGUUGCGUUCCUGCAGUGAUGUUGCAGUCUGAGUGACUAAGGAGCAGUUGACG